AUGGUUGACAUUUUAUAUUUCAGAUAUGCAUUUGAUUUUACGUUUGUGAAGAGAUUUUUGAAAUUAUUGACGUUUAUAUUCCCAUCUUGGUGUAGUUCUGCCAGUCUUCUCUGUGUAUUUCUAUUACUUUUGUCAUUAUUAGAACAAGUGAUAAUUAACUAUAUUGGUUAUAUUCCUAGUAAAUAUUAUAAAGUUCUUGGCGAUAAAGAUCUAUCAGGUUUUAAAUAUCAGACCACUAUCGCUGUACUUAUUAUACUAGCAGAAGCUUUUAUUAAAAGUACAAUAUUGUAUGUUGGAAGUAUAUUAUACAUCAACUGGAGAGGGAACUUAUCUUCUGCACUACAUAAAUCAUAUUUUAAUGAUGUUUUAUAUUAUCAAAUCAAUGUUGUUGAUAAAACUAUCGACAAUCCAGACCAAAGAAUUACUCAGGAUAUAGAUAAGUUAUGUAAUCAAUUUAGUUUGGUUUUGAUACCAAUGGUUAUCUCCCCUUUUACUAUAGGCUACUAUACCUAUCAGGCAGCUAUCAGUACAGGGUAUAUAGGUCCUGUCAGUGUGUUAUGUUUUUUUAUUGUGGCUACAGUCAUCAAUAAAUUUCUUAUGACACCUGUAGUUCGAUAUUUCUACCUUCAAGAGAGGAGAGAGGGAGAUUUUAGGUUUAAACACAUGCAGUUACGAGUUAACUGUGAAUCAGCAGCUUUCUAUAGAUGUGGUGCAAUUGAAGAAAGAAAAACUAACGAAAAAUUACAAAAUUUGUUGUCAACUCAAAAAAGUUUGAUAAACAGAGAAUAUUUUUUAAAUUUUUCUAUCAAUGUAUCAGAUUAUUUAGGAAGUAUAAUCAGUUACGUUGCCUUGGCGAUACCAAUAUUCGCUGGGGUUUACGAUCACCUUUCUUCACCAGACCUUGCAGCUUUAAUAGCUAAGAAUGCGUUUGUGACAAUUUAUCUGAUUAGUUGUUUUACAAAGCUAAUUGAUUUAUCAACGAAAAUAACAGACAUUGCCGGGGCGGCUCAUAGAAUAGGUCAAUUAUUGGAGGUAUUAGGAAGAUUAAAAGAUGAACAAAAUGAAAAUUAUGGAUUUGUACAAACUGUGGGUAGGGAACAAAAUCCUGAAAGUGAUGAAGAAUUACUAAAUUCCAGUGAGAUUAUUGAUUCAAGAUUGGCGUUCAGAGUGGAUAAUUUAACUUAUGGACCCCCUAAAUCAACUGAUAUUCUCGGUAGAAAUUUAAGUUUUCAGUUAGAAAGCGGAAUAAAUAUUUUAUUAACCGGAAAUAGUGGCUGUGGUAAAAGUUCCUUACUACGUGUAAUCAAUGGAUUAUGGCGAACUGUCACAGGCAAUAUAGAUAGUUUUAUCAACUACAACCCUAGCAGUAUUUUAUAUCUUCCACAGAAACCCUAUUUUACUAAUGGUACCCUUCGUCAACAGAUUAUCUUCCCAUUGUCUGAUAGUACAUCACAACAAGAGGACAGUAAGCUCUAUGAAUAUAUCGACCGUGUGGGAUUGAAAACUAUUUUAGACAGGCUGGGUGAUCUUGACUCCACCACAGAUUGGGAUUGGUAUAAUGAAUUAUCACCAGGUGAAAGUCAAAGAUUAUCUUUCAUUAGAUUAUUUUACCAUCAACCUCAGUUUGCCAUUUUAGAUGAAGCUACAAGUCAAGUGAAUAUAGAAAUGGAAGAAAUAUUAUACAGUUAUUGUAAUGAACUAAAUAUAACUUUACUCAGUGUUGGCCAUCGUCAAUCUAUUAGAAAAUAUCAUAAUGUAGAACUUCAUUUAGACGGUUCAGGUGACUGGUCAAUGACAAAUAUAAUAGAGAAUUCUAUAAACUCUUAAUGAUUCUUACAUUAAGCUUCCAUAUAUACAGUUGAUUUGGUCUGCAAAGGUCAAAUUUGGGACAUUUUGGUUCCUGUUUUUUUUUUCAACUGGGCAUUAUAGCAUAUUUGCAAAAAGAGUUUAUACAAAAGUAUAUUAUUUUUGCACCUGUUAUAUUAAGGUUUUUUAUAGGGUAAUUUUGUAUACAUGUUUCCGAUGAAUUUGAGAUCAUAUUUAUAAUAUUUGAUUUUGAUCUAUUUGUAAUGCAUUUUAGAAUUAUACAGAAAUGGAAGAAAUAUUAUACAAUUAUUGUUAUGAACUAAAUAUAACUUAACUCAG